UGUUUUGCCUUUGGAGAAGAAGUCGCUAUUUCCGCGUUCCUCAAACACGCGUGUUGCAGAGUUAAGACUGGUUUACUGGUGUAUUAUACAGGAAUGGGUAAACUCAAGAAACAAAGUAAACGUAACACGUUUAAUUACAAUAAAAACAAAAAGAAACUGAAUAGGAAGUUAAGAAGAAAGGAGAAACCGCGCAUUGAAUGUCCUCAGAUACGUAAAGCUUGGGAUGACCGCAAAACAGUGAAGCAAAAUCUACAAGACAUGGGGCUGUCACCUGGGACCAAGGGAUUGCUUCCUAUUAAAGCUAAAAAGGACACAAAAAGUGAACCGAUGGAGACACAUGUGUUGAAACCCUAUGUCAUUAAAGAAAUGGAGGCAGAGGCCAGUCUCCGUGGGAAAGACAGAACCACAUGCUCUACUGACAUGACUGAAUAUGUUCAACACAUGGUGAAGGAACACAAUGAGGAUUACAAGGCAAUGGCAAGGGACGAGAAGAAUUACUACCAGGACACGCCAAAGCAGAUCAAACGGAAAGUGGAAUUAUACAAACGGUGUCAUCCUGAGGAAUAUGCUGCGUUCAUUGCAUCUUUGCAAUCUCAGAAGUCUUCAUGAUGUCAUGGUGAAGAACUGGUGUCUCAAACUGCUAGUCACUAUAUCACCUGCAGAGAUCCUCAAUCCUGCUCCUGGAGAACCACUGUCCUACAAAGUUUAUAUCCAACCUGCUUCACCUCACCUUCAUGUGAUUUUCAAGGGAUCCUGAAGAGAUGAUUAGCAGGUUCAGGUGUGCUUGUUUAAAGUUGGAGCUAAACUCUGCAGGACAGUGGGUCCCCUGGAGCAGGGUUGAAGAUCUCUGACCUAGGGAGUCUUCAGAAUGAGUAUGGACACAGAAAAGAUUUUCAACAAUUCCUUUCUACUAUGGCAUCUUUAAGACCAUGUUAACUUUUAAGUGUUUAUAUGAAUCUAGUGAGCAACUUGAGUAUUUGCAGAUGUAUAUAAGCUUUGAAUUUGUAAGUGUAUGCUGUGAAGUGAAAUGCAGACAUAAAAAAAAAAAAUCCUAGAAAAUAA